GGACGAGUGAGGAUACAAGAAGCAAGCAAGAACAAUCACACACGCACACACACACACACACACACACAAAAGAACAAACACACAUACAGACGCAGUAGAGUGAGCAAAAAAACAGUAAAUCCUGAGCUUUCAUCCUGACUCCUCUGUGAUGCUGUGAGUGAAGCAAGGAAAGAGAGAGAGAGAGAGAGAGAGCAGAGAGAGAGCGAGAGAGAACGGGAGGAAUAGAAAGGCAGUGCGAGGGAAUAGGUGAAAACAUAACCGUGUCUGCAGGGAGGUAAGGGAGGGCCAAAUUCCGACGGGUUUUAAGACGUAGCGGAACAGUUUUUAACCACUCGGAACUUCGGCAACUGCGGAUCCAUCCAUCGCAUGUAUACGUAUCGCUGGAGCAGAUUUAUAUGUAUACUGAUGCAGGCAUCUUGCUUCCGGCUGUCCAGUGACAGGGUUUGUGUGUUUCCGUGUAUGUGUGUGUGUGUGUGUGGUGUUAUCAGUAAAAGUUCAGCACAACUUAAACAGGGUCUAGAAUAUCUUUUGGAGAUCCUCGACUCAUCGAUCAAUUAAGAAUCAAUCAGCGUGAUUAACCGAUACGCAGUGCGAGUCGAAGAGACGCCACAGUGACAGCACAGCAGGCCCACCAGUUGUGCGGUCCAGUACAGUACAGGUUCCUUUGAAGACGCGCGGCACCAUCUUAGCCCAAGCGCUGCCAGCAUGGAUUCGUUCUUCCGGCUGCGUCGGUCGUCCCACACGCCCGCGUACAGCCAGGGCGGCCAGGAGCCGCUGAUCGUGGUCGAGGAGUCGGAAAACAAUGAGAAGGAGGAGGAGGCAAGCAAUCAGUCGUCCCAGCGCCAAAGCCUGGACAUCGAGUCGCCGGAGAAUCCGUACUUGCUGUCGCCCUGGCGCGAAACGCGCAAACACUCGCUGCCGACCCCGCCCUGCACCAGCGGCAUCACCGCCAGCCAGGUGCGCCGCCUGUCCGAGCGGGGCGGCGAAGGGUCGGGCCCGUCGCCCCGCGAGCAAGCCUUCCUGGCGACGCUCUACAGCACGCCGGCCCCGCAGCCGGGCGGCCGGCGCCACUCGGUCGUGACGAUCAGCCGCGUGCCGCCCACCAUGUUUGGCCGGAACCGCCGGGAGUCGAUUGCUGCGCUACCGGCCGGCCAGCGCUCGAACGCAAGCUCCCGACGCGAAAGCAAUAUCGGACCGCCGCCAUCGACGGACCACCGAGGUAGUAUACACAAUUUACAGUUAGAUAUAAUGGAUGAUAUAGUACAGGCUAGAAAAGCGCGCAUGAAGCUGUGGAACACGAGCAACGAGCGUGUGUGCGAGGUGCAGACGCUGGACGAGGCCGGCACCGGUUCCAGCUCGCCGAUGCGCUACACCAACCGGCGCUACUCGGACUUUGUCGGUACCGCCCUGCCCCCGAUACAGUCGUUCCGGCGCGCCUCCGAGAUGCCGAUAUCGCCGUGCGGCGCCCCGCUCGUGCCGGGCAGCUCGUUCAACGCGUCGGCCGCCACCGCCACCGGUGCCGCAGCCGCCACAGCCGCCGCAGCUGCCGCCGCCGCCGCUGCCGCCGCCUCCCCGGGCACCGACGCCGCGUCCCCGAAGCCGAAAACGAAGAUGGGUAUCGUGUGCACCAACACUGAUCUGAUAUCUCUCUUAUCGUCUCUAGCCUCGUCUGCGACAGAGAUUAAUCGAUGUGGCGAGAAAGAGCACCCUAGCCCCCUAGCCUCCCACGCGUUUCCGCUCCGGUCGGCGGCCAGGAGCCCGACGGCGGGCCCGUCCGGUGCAGCCGGCGCCGCCGCCGACCCGCCCAAGAGCAAUCUGCAGAAGAAUCGCUCCAACAGUUUUGACAUUUCGCUCUACCAGAAUAUCAAGCAGCUGGCGACCGGGGGCGGCAGCGGUGGCGGCGGGUCGGCCGGUCCGCCCGACGGCUUCGUCGAGUCGGGCUGGUUCGUCAAGCGCCACCAGCCGAUGGCGCGCCGCAAGUCCGCGUCCCGGUCGCCGAGCGCGACCGUCACGUUCGCGCGCGAAACGUUCGACAAGCUGCGGGAGGCCGGAACCGGGCCCGCCCACAAGGAGGAACCGAAGCCGAAGCCGAAGGAGUCCCGCUCGCCGCUGAACAAGCUCAAGUGGGACGGCCGGAGCGCGAUCGUGGACGCGCGCAUGAUCGGGCACGCGAUCGAGAACUUCAUCACCGGCUCGUCCUCGUCGUCCCCGUCCGCGUCGUCGUCGUCGUCCGGCGGCAAGAAGUCGUCCGCCGGGGGCAAGGAGGGCGGGGCCGGCCGGUCCGGCGCGAAGAAGUCGGUCACCUCCAGCUGGUUCGGCAAGGCGGACGAGGACGAGGACUCGAACGACACGUGCGACUCGUCGCUCUGCUCCACGCUGAAGGAUCUGUUCGUGAAGUAAGGUGGGGGCGUGCGGCACCGCACCCACUACCCGAUACACCGAUACCCCGCAUGCCGCAACGCGCCCGCGAACGGAUGAGGCAGCACACACACCGGCGCGCAGACCCGGCUGGGCCCGCAACAGGGUCGCCAUGGGCCGGUCGCAUACGUUCGGGGCACGUUCCGGCACAGAUGCCCACCGAUUACACGCAAGCUAGCAGUGCAGGAGAUACAGGUGUGAGUGUGUGUGUGUGUGUGUGUGAAUGCGAGUAUGUAUGAAUGAUUGUAUGUGUGUGUGAGAGAAGAGGACGCCAGCAGCGAUCGACAAGAGGACGUGGACGGCGCACACAAUUAACAUUAACCAAUCCCACCAAUGUUAGCAUAGCCUUUUUGGACAUCUACCGAUAUCGUGAACAAGUUUUACUAGGCUAACGGAUCUACUUAAGCAUGUUCGUACGUUGUGCAUUCUCUUAGAGUACUUGUUGUAUUUUGUUGUUGUUGUUGUGUCGGUUCACAUACAAUUUUUCUACGCAAACUCAACACGACUCGCUCAUAGCAAUACUGUUACCACCGUAGCGCGGUGCACGCGAAAAAUGGGACGUUGGUACGCUGCCAAACUGAUUCCUAGGAAGGAUCGUACGAUUGGUGGCGAGUUUUGCUAGUAAGUUCUAGCACUGUUCCAUUCCGAUCGCUCCAUUUCCCAUUUAUUGCAAAAAAAAAUGUUCCCUGUAGUAAUCCCCAAUUGAUUCUGUCCAAUCCCAAACCAUCUCCCAAAAUGUCCGAUAAGCCCAAAUAAAGCCCUCUCCAAAUUCCUUUGCUGGGGAAUAUCGCAAACAAUCAUCUACUGAUCUUAGGUUUCUGUGAAAUCCCUACAUAC